GGUGUGAUGUUAGCUGCGUGCUGAUUGGCUCCCGUGUUGUCUCGUCAAAUGCGCUACGAUUGGCUGGCGAGGUAGCGUUGCGGUUUGUGGACCCCGGCAAAUGUUGGAAAUCCAAGUCGUCCUGGAAGAGAACUUCCCUCUGGGCAGCAGUGGUUAUACCUAGGUUAUUCCAAGGAGAACGUUUGUUUUCGUCCCAGGGAUCCCGAUGAGAUGAUUGUGAAGAAAACAUGCCUACUAGUGGCUCUUCUCGUCUCUCUGCGGACCUCCGACCCAGGGGCAUCAGGGUCCCCCUCUGCGGCGGCGGUGUCGUCCCUGGGACCGGACCCCGAGCACAUGACUGCUUUGCUGGGGCAGGACGUGAUCCUGCACUGCCCCUUUGAGUACCCUGAUGGGCUGCCUGUGCCCUACCUGGUCCAGUGGCACAAGAAGGACCACAAGAUACCCAUAUACAUCUGGUACGACGGGUACCCACCGCAUGCGGCCGACGACUACAAGGAGCGCAUCUCGCUGUCGGGCCAGUCGUCUCUCAACCUGACGAGCGUGCGGGAAACGGACAAGGGCUGGUAUGAGUGCAAGGUGUUCUUCCUCAACCGAGAGACGAUCCGCAACGGCACCUGGAUCUACCUCGACGUGCUCGCGCCCCCGCACUUCAAGGCCAAGCCUGAGCAGGUGAUCUACGUGAAGGUGGGCGAGUCGGUGGUGCUGCCCUGCGAGGCUGAGGGAACGCCUCCCCCCACCAUCAUCUGGUAUAAGGACAACCUCCCCCUGGAGGAAGGGAGCAGUGUGCAGAUCCACCCGACGGAGUUGCGCAUCUCCAACCUCCGGCAGACGGACGUCGGGGACUACAUGUGUAUGGCACGCAACAGCGAGGGCAGCGACACGGCCGUUUCCAAAGUCAUUGUGGCAGGACCCGCCGUGAUCACGACGCCUCCGCAGAACCUGACCAAGUUGGAGGGAAACUUUGCUGAGUUUGUGUGCGAGGCGCGGGCGUUGCCGUCCAACAUCACGCACCGCUGGUUCUACAACGGCGUGGAGAUCUCCAAGCUGACGUGGCUGCAGACGCGCACGCUGGUGCGCCAAGAUGGCACCCUCUUCAUCAACCCGACAGCGGCCGAUGACUCCGGCUUCUACACGUGCGAGAUCUCCAACGGCAUAGGCAAUCCCGAGUCGGCCACCGCCUACCUCAACAUUGAAUACCCGGCCCGUGUGAAUUUCACACCGGCGUUCCAGUACAUGCCGCUGAACCUGUCCGGCAUAGUGCGGUGCUACAUCCAGGCCAACCCGGCCAUUCAAUUUGUGACCUGGUUCAAGGACAACCGGCCCUUCGAGGCCAGCUCAGUCAAUGGGGUGGUGAACCUGAGCAACGGGUCACUCUUCUUCCAACGGGUCUCGUAUGAGCACCAGGGGCGCUACCUGUGCAGCCCCUUCAACAUCCAUUCCACGGGAGGCUCCUCUGCCGUCAUGGAGGUCCUUGUGAGAGAGCCUCCCAUGUUCUCGGUGAAGCCCAAGGAGCUGUACCAGCAGCCCCGCAACACGGAGGUGACCAUGCCCUGCGAGGGCAAGGGGCACCCUCCCCCAAGCGUCUCCUGGAGGAGGGCGGAUGGCAAGAAGCUUCCCAAGAACCGGCACGCGGUGAACAAGGGCAAGCUGACCAUCCGCAGUUUGCAGAAGGAGGACCAUGGCCGCUACGAGUGCGUCCUCCAGAACGACGUGGCAACUUUGGUCACCAGCACACUGCUGCUGGUUGAAAGUACCACGCCCCAUGCCCCCACCAACGUGUCGGUGAACACGAGCGCCUUUGCAGCUACGGUGUCCUGGCUGCCCGGAUACGACGGGGGACACCCGCAGACCUACGUGCUCUGGUACCGGCUGGUGGGGCAAGGGGACGCGGAGUGGCGCACGAUCCGCGUGUACCCGGACAACGCCAUCACCCUGACGAUCCACAACCUGCAGCCAGAGUCCCAGUACGAGUUUCAGGUGCUGUCGCGCAACGCCUUCGGGGACGGACUCUACUCAGACAUUGUGCGGGCCAACACGAGCAAGUGGAACUACAUUGAGGGGGCUUACCCAACAGAUGCCUAUGGCUCCACCUACAUCCCCACAGUGAACAGGACCCCAACAGUGCCGUCCCCCGACCCCCCGUCCCCGUCUCCCCCGGACCUCCCCUCUCCUCCGCCCCCCACGACCACCCCAGGCCCCAAGCCGUCGGCUCCCCGCAACGUGACGGUGCGGGAGACCCCUGCCGGGGUGCUGGUCACCUGGGUGCCGCCCCCAAACAGUUCGGUGCCCAUUGCCUUUUACUGCGUCGAGUACCGGUCCCCGGACAAGCCGUGGGCGCGGAGCACCAACAUCAUGACGGGCAGCGAGUACACCAUCACGGACCUUCCCGAAGGGACCAAGUUCUACAUUCGGGUGUCCGCCUUUUCCAUCACCUCCGCCUUUGAGCCCAGCCCCGAGAUACUGCUCACACUUGCAGGGUGCUGUGUUUCAGACCGGGGCCCCAAGUACAAGCGAGACCAAGCCAUCAUCUCGGGUGUGGUGGGCGGCGUGCUCUUCUUUAUUGUCGCCAUCAUCCUGUCCGUGUGCGCCGUCAAGAUAUGCAACAAGCGCAAGCGCAGGAAGGCCGAGAAAGCCUACAUGAUGGUGACAUGUCCGGUGGCAGACACCCGGAACGGUGGCCACUCCCAUGGCGGGAGUCCCGUGUCGUUGAAAAAACACCCGCAAGGCCGAGUACCAGGUGUAGCGCUGGCUGGGGGCCUGAGCCCUCCUCCCUGGUGGGGCCCUGAGCGGCCCCUGGCGAGCAGCCCCAGCGCCCAGCCGGGGCCCUUCCCGGACGACCUGAGCCCCGUGGCAGCGCCGGCCGACCGCUCCCUGCCCAGCACGGCCAGCGCCGCCUUCUCCAGCGUCCCGUCGCAAGAGCCCCCGCGGGGCUUCCGCCCCAUCCACGCCCCGGCAGGCCCCCGUCGGCGGCCCCCCGAGCGGCCCCUGGCCACGAGCAGCCCUCCGGACGCCAGCUACACCCGCGAGCGCCUGCUGGGAGCGGUGCAGCGGGUGCGCUGCUCGGGGCGGGCCCUGCGCCACAGCGCCCCCGAGCUAGGGCCCGAGGCGAGCGUGAGCAGUGCCUCCUCGGGCCGGGGCAGCUCGGCCGCCCGAGGCGACUCGCUGCAGGGCGAGCGGCCCCCACCCCGGCUCGACCAGUCGGUGGACGAGAACUACGAGUUCGACCCCGCCCUUAGCCCCGGCGAGGAGGAGGAUGCGGCCGAGCACGGCCUGAGCGACAGCGAGCUCUACGGCAGCUGGCACGCCGCCUGGGACAGCGCCGAGGCGCGCUGCGCCGCCCUCAAGCGGGAGUUCCUGCGGCGGCGGCGGCCCCUGGAGAGCGCCUGCUAGCCGUGCCAAAGACUCCUUCCUAGUCAUGGAAGCAAUAAGCCCUCAGGGACCCAGCUGAGCUCAAGCGGCAAUGACAACCCUGUACAGACCCACCCCCGUGAGGGGGCUCCGUUCGAAGCCACUGCUGGCCCAGGAAGCCACUGCCUGCCCACAAACUGCCGGGGAAACGAGAGAAAUGCAAUUUUCGUGCGUGUCACUGACAUAGUACAAGCUUUGUCCUCCGAGGUUGGGUUCCUUAGUAGCUCCCGCGCGUAUUUCCGGAUGUCCCGUCCGUUUGGCCGCGGAGGUCGCGAGGCGGGAUCUACGCGCGAUAUGCAUGUACAUACCAAACACACGAGACACGGAGCUGUAUAACGUUAGUCCCCAGAAGCACAGAAUCGUAGACACCAAACUUAUUUUACAGUCACACGUGUACCAUAAUACCCAACACACUCACACGCCACAGGUAACCGAGACGUAGGGGAACACGGUAGCUCUCUCUGUCCCGCACGUGCCCGGAGCGGGGGGGGACCGCUCCGGGUGCGGCCGCACAUUCCAACCUCACAAUAACGAGCUGCGUCUGCCUCCCGCCGUUCUGCAACGAGAGCCGUUCUCCUUUUUCUCAUGCAUCGAGGCUUUCGCAAAGUACGGGAGAGCCGUUGAGUUUGUAUUUAAGUGUUUCCCGCCCGCAGCAUUCAUCGCUCAGACGUCGGUAGGCCACUUUGGAGUACUUGCGCUUUAUUUAUGAGAUCCGUGCCCAGGAUCUUUGGGGGUGUGCAUGAUUUGGGAGUAUUUAUUUGUGUUCUAGCGUGUCUUUUGUGCAGGCACAUAGACUCGUUUGUGGCGCCUCGUCUAGGUGUGUCCUUUUAGGGCGGUAGCUGCUUGCCCCGCUCCUGCUCCGUACGCAAGAUGGGUUCUUACGUGCGCGCAGUUUGAUCUGUUUGUGGCAUUUGUCAGCAGUGAAAUCCUCUACUCUGCUGUUACAAAAUAAACAUGGUUUCUACACA